ACCCAACAUCUAUGGCGUUCCGAUCUUUCCGAUUUCUCACACGCUUCGCCAAACCCCACAACCCCUUCCCCUCCACGCGCCGGUCCCCACUCUCAUCUCUCCACGCGCCUCCACCUCACCACGACCAACCCAACCUCGACGACCGCCUCGUCCUCGACCAACUCUCCCACCUUUUCCCCACACUCACUUCCAAAUCCCAAAACCCUGUUUUCCCCAAUCCACACCCAAAUGCAGCAAACGCUGUCGAUGCGUUUUUACCCCCCGAAGACAAACUGCGCGGAGUAUUCCUCCAGAAGCUAAAGGGCAGGGCCGCAAUCGAAAGCGCGUUGUCCAACGUUGCUGUCGACGUGGACCUCGACGUUCUCAGUAAGGUUCUAAACCAUGGAAACCUCAGUGGUGAAUCCAUGGUCACGUUUUUUAACUGGGCAAUUAAACAGCAAAGUGUUCCCAAGGAUAUUACUAGUUACCACGUGAUUGUUAAGGCACUAGGAAGAAGGAAGUUUUUUGAUUUCAUGAUGGAUGCGUUGUGUGACAUGAGGCGAAACGCCAUUGAUGGUGAUUUGUUCAUGUUGUCUGUUGUUGUUGAUAGUUUUGUCAGGGCCGGUCAUGUGUCUAGAGCAAUUCAGGUGUUUGGGAACUUGGAUGAUCUCGGGGUGAGGCGUGACACCGAGGCUUUGAAUGUGCUUUUAUUGUGUCUGUGCCGGCGGUCUCAUGUUGGUGCUGCGAAUUCUGUUUUGAAUUCGAUGAAGGGAAAGGUGGAUUUUGAUGUUGGUACUUACAAUGCUGUUGCUGGGGGGUGGUCUAGGUUUGGUAGAGUGAGUGAGGUUGAGAGGGUUAUGAGGGAGAUGGAGGCUGAUGGGCUUCGUCCUGAUUGCAGGACGUUUGGAUUCCUUAUUGAGGGUUUGGGAAGGGAAGGUAGGAUGGAUGAAGCUGUUGAGAUUUUAUGUGGUAUGAAGGAGAUGAAUUGUCAGCCGGAUACUGAGACUUAUAAUGCAGUGAUUUUCAAUUUUGUGUCUGUUGGGGAUUUUGAGGAGUGUAUCAAGUAUUAUAAUAGGAUGCUGAGUGAUAAUUGUGAACCUAAUCUUGAUACUUAUGCUAGAAUGAUUAACAGGUUUCUCAGAGCGCGGAAAGUGGCUGAUGCACUUCUGAUGUUUGAUGAGAUGUUGAGGCGAGGAGUUGUGCCUUCUACUGGGACCAUAACGACUUUUAUCAAGCGUUUGUGUAGCUAUGGUCCACCGUAUGCAGCUUUGAUGAUAUACAAGAAGGCAAGAAAAUUGGGGUGUGUGAUAUCGAUGGAAGCUUAUAAGAUACUGCUUAUGCGGCUUUCUAUGGUUGGAAAAUGUGGAACGUUGUUGAGUAUCUGGGAGGAGAUGCAAGAAUGUGGGUAUAGUUCGGACUUGGAAGUUUAUGAGUGCAUCAUUAGUGGUCUUUGCAAUGUAGGACAACUGGAAAAUGCUGUUCUUGUUAUGGAGGAGGCUUUGCGCAAGGGGUUCUGCCCAAGCAGGCUAGUAUAUAGUAAACUAAGUAACAGGCUGCUUGCUUCGGAUAAAUCAGAAAGGGCUUACAAGCUGUUUUUGAAGAUCAAACAUGCCCGUUCCCUUGAAAAUGCAAAAAAAUAUUGGCGUUCUAAUGGUUGGCAUUUUUGAACAGGCAUGCUAAUCAGAAGCUCUUACAGUAGAUCCUCUUGUUUGCUCUUCACUUAGCUGGUCUUUGAGCCUGCUUGGAUGCUUAUUUUGAAGCUGAUCCCAAGUGCAUCAAUCUUUCCAACUUUAUGCGAGGUUGGGUAAAUUAAUUGGAGAAAAAUAACUUUAUCAACUUCGAAAUACAAUUUUCAACUAAUGUUUUUCUGCCAUGUCUUCUACUGUCUCUAUCAGAUAUUUCCGCCACCAUUGAGUAGCUUUGGAUUAGUUUUUUUUGGGGGAUUUAUUUAGGUAUCUGGUUGCUUCUCAUUGCUAUUUGGUUGAUUGUGAGAAUCGUAAUCUCCUACAUGAUUGAUUGAGUUCAGCUGCAAUCUGGUUUUUCCAAUUGUUUCCAUUUGAUUUUUGGAAGAUUGUGAGGUUUGAAAUUGAAAGUUUGUUUUAUUUUUCUGAAACAAUGAGUUUAGGGAUUUCGGUUCUAUGCUAGAGUUUCUCCUAAGAUGUUUUCUGAUAAGUCAGCCAGACAAACAAUAGUUUGUGGUUUGGUUAUUGGAACUUGAAGGAUUUAUCCAUUACAAGUU